UGAAGUGAUUUCUCAUUUGUGAUUUGGUUGUUGUAAUUUUUUAGCUCUAAAAACACGUGAUUUAAAUUCCAUGGCUUUGUUUAACUGUGAUUAUUUAGAAAUGGUCUCUGUAUUUAAUAUUUGAUUUAUAUUUUAUACCUAUAUUUUAAAUAUUAAUGUUAAUUUCAAACAGAAUUACAAAGUGUAAAGUUAAAGGUGUUUUGUUUAUUGUGAAAUAUCUCGUACAGCUCAUCAGUAGUGUCCAUUAGGGGGCAGUACCCCACACUUUGAGAAUCACUCAUGUAAUAAAUUCUGUUUAGGUUUUUCAUGUGAUGUCAUAUUUCUCAAGAGUGGUCCGCCAUGUUGGACGUGAUACAACCUCUGGUUUCUAGAGAAAAAAAAAUUGUAUUCCCUGACCCAUUGGCAAGUGUUUGCUGUGAAAUUGGUGAUUAGCCUUGUGUUUGUUAAAUGGGCCCCAACUGAUUUUAUGUUUUUGAGCUCUUAUUCAUUGACCCUACAGCAUCAUGUGCCUAGAAGAUAAUCCAUGACUGAAAAACCCGAAUAGUAGAGUAACUGCCCGUGCUCCCUGGCUGCCGCCUUGGCCAGAGCCACAGCAGACAGCCUCCUGCAGACUGACCUCUCUAUUCACCACCUCAAUAAGACUGUAGAAGAUGGAGCUGACCCAUUACCACAGAUGGAGUCUGUGAAGCUGGCCCGGCUGGUGUUUAAUAGACUGUUUGAGACGUGCUGCCUCUGGCUGAAGGAGCUCCCCUUCCGCCGUCGUCCACAGCCAUAUUAUGAGACAUCCAUCCACGCCAUCAAGAACAUGCGGCGCAAGAUGGAGGACAAGCACAUCAUCAUCCCUGACUUCAACACACUCUUCAAUAUUCAGGAUCAGGAAGAGCAGGCUUUCUUUGCUGUGUUUGACGGUCAUGGAGGUGUGGAUGCUGCCAUUUAUGCGGCCAAUCACCUUCACGUGAACUUAGUCCGGCAGGAAUCCUUCAGCCAGGACCCCAGCGAGGCACUCUGCAGAGCCUUCAAACUCACCGACGAACGCUUUGUGAAGAAGGCCUCACGAGAGAACCUACGUUGCGGCACAACAGGGGUGGUGACGUUCCUGCGGGGCCGGACGUUGUACGUGGCCUGGCUUGGAGACUCCCAGGUCAUUCUGGUCAGGAAAGGGCAGGUGGUGGAGCUGAUGAAACCACAUAAACCAGACAGAGAGGAUGAGAAGCAGAGGAUCGAGGCUCUCGGAGGUUGUGUGAUCUGGUUCGGCACGUGGAGGGUCAAUGGCAGCUUGUCUGUAUCCAGAGCGAUAGGUGACUCGGAGCACAAACCCUACAUCUGUGGUGACGCAGACCAUGGCAUCUUCCCAUUAGAUGGUUCAGAAGACUACCUGAUUCUGGCCUGCGAUGGCUUCUGGGACACGGUGAAUCCAGAUGAGGCGGUGCGCGUGGUCAGUGAUCAUCUCCAGGAGAACGCUGGGGACACCACCAUGGUAGCUCAUAAGCUGGUGGCCUCAGCCCGGGAUGCGGGCUCUAGCGAUAAUAUCACUGUCAUAGUGGUCUUCUUGCGGGACCCUCGCUCGCCACCGCCCACCAGCACCGAGGAGGAGGAGGAGGGUGUGGUGGAGGGAGAGGUGGCGGACGAGGAGGAGGUAGCAGAGGUGGAGGAGGAGGAGCAAGAAGAGGAGGAGCAGGAGGAGGAAGAUGAAGCGGUCAGGGUAGAGCGUGACGGCGGAGAGGGAGGAAGCAAUGCGGACAAUGGGGGGAAGAGCCGUGGAGGCUGGCCCCUGCAGCAGUGCUCAGCGCCCGCUGACCUUGGCUACGAAGACCGAACUGACUCGUUCACGGACAGAACUAGCCUCAGCCUGCUGGGGCCGGCGCUGGAGGGCCGCAUCUCGCUGACCCGCGGCUCUUUCGGCCUUAGCCCCGACCUCUUUGCCGCCUCUCACAUCUUCCGAGAACGCGCACUGAGGCGCAGGUCCUGUGUCCCUCUUCAGGAGUCCAGCAUCUCUAGCUUCACGGACCCACUGUGGCCCCACACAGCCAUGCUGUUAGGCCAGGCAGUGAGGCGAAGCCGCAAGCUCGGUUAUGGUAGUCGCCGGUGGGGGCGGAGGUUGCCAAGCAGAUCCAGGGAGCUGCUAGGCCUGUUACCAUCUGGCCCCCUGCUGCCCCACAUGCAGCGCUACUCCAACCGGAAAUCCGGAGUGGCAGUGCCUCAACUGCCCCAUGAUGCCACCAUCUGAAGAUGUGACCCAGACCAAACCAUCUCCUUCAACCCUCCUUCCUGCCCCGCAGUCCACCCAUCCACCUUUGCCUUCAACAACACGUCAACAUGUCUUUCUUUGAUAGUUGGUAGUUGUAGCUCCUGCAGUUGUUAUGUGAUUAUUGAAUCUCUGUCAGAGGAGUGGUGCUCUCUGUCCUAAGCUGAAAUGUUUCCAAUUGUAAGCUGGCCCAUUAACACAAGCCCCACUCCUCAAUGCUGUAGGUAAAGCUCAUAACUGCAUUCUCCAUUGGGACCACUGACCAGCCAAAAUGAAGCCAGAGCUGGAAGUGCAGGUUAAUAAGAUGUGUUCAGACUGAAGGAUACAGCCCACCGUAGGCACCUUACAUAAAGUUUAGGUCUGAGUAUUUCAUCAACGAGGAUAUAAGUGAAGAUUUAAAGGCAAAUAACAGAAAGAACUGGACACCAGAAACAUUUAGAAGCAGUUUUGUUGAUGAGAAACAUAUUCAGUCUGAACACAUUUAAGAUUAAUUUAUGUGCUUGGUCGCUCUACAGACUAUUUUGAAGAGACAAUUUUAAAAAGAAAGAAGAUGCAACACAGAAAAGAUUAAAUCUGGUACUUGAAGAAGGAAAAAAUGAGGAUGAAAUAAAGGAAAAAAUUGCACGGCUUGGUCAAAAGUAUGUGGACAAAAGUAUCAUGUACUGCAGGGAUCUGAUCCCUUUUAGCCAUCUUUACCGUCAUUUCUUGUUACUCUCUUGUUACAAUAUAUAAAAUGUAUAAGCCACCACCAAACUACUUUUGCUGGUUUGCUCAUUCACACAAAGUGGACAGACGAGGGUGGAGGGUGGGGGGUGGGGGUGGGGAGUCAAAUCUAUCUCCGUAGCUCUAACUGAACUUCAUGCUUUUAAGUGUAAUCAUCCACACAUUUUUUUUAAAUUCUGCAUCUCACUGUGCAGUCAUACCCAGGUAUAAAUGCACGGCGAGGUGUCACAUAUCAUCUUUUCUUCUGAGUAAGCUACUGAGAAUGUCGAGCGACCCAGCAUUAAAUUAAGCUCUAAUAGCGCAGCCUGCCUCUCUGUCUCCUCAGCAAUCCCUCGGUGGCAGAUGAAUAACAUUCGUAAGCGGAGGCCGGAACAAUUGUUGCUCCUGGUUUUUCGGACUGGAAGCACACGCUGUUCUGCCCCCUCCAAUUCAGUCAAUGACCCAGCCAUUAUCCAGCCACAUUUGUCUACAGAUAAAAGCACUUAGCACCGGAUUAUAAAAGAUUAGCAGUCACUUACCUGAAUAAAUUCUUCAUGUAGUCCAUGUAGUCCAGAUGGUGAUAUGCUCCUGAGAUAAUGGGGUUUUUAUGCUCCUGAGAUAAUGGGGUUUUUAGAGCGGGUUUAAAAAUAAAAACAAAAAAACUAUUUCAUCAUAGUUUUGGUUGUUUUUGUUUUUUACAGAAAACCCAGUAAACAAAAGCAUUUUUCCCACAGGUAUUCCAUACCUUCCAUAUUACUGAGUUACUGAGCUCCAUGUCCUUCAUACACCCGGUCACUCAUUGUUUCAUAUCACCAUUAAAGACAAGUCUGGCUUGUGCGUUCAGCCCAGUCAUAUCACGAGGCUCUAACAUUUUUAUUUUGCCAAAAAGAAAGUGUGAUACCACUCUCACAUCUGUCUGAUAAAUAUGAAGCUAUUACCAGCAGCUGAUUGGCUCAGCUUACUGAUGCUUACUUAUGGAUAACACCAAUAUCUAUCACCACUAUGUCUAUCAAGAUAGGAUGACCAUGCAGUAUUUUCCAGCUGUAUUAUUUAUUAAUUCAGAGAAACAGGAAAUUUUCUAAAAGUUUUUAAUAACGUGGGGUCUGAUACCCCACGUUAUCAGUGGGGUAUCAGUUUCUUCAUCAUUUCUUGUAGCAAAAUAACCAGACUAUUUUGCAACGUUGUAGUAACAUUAUAGAAAAAUGUGGAGGUGAUGUCAUACAUGUGAGGUACAUUAUAAUGUUUUAUGAUGCUGCUUUGACUGGGCUUUCUCUUUUAUGUUAGUAUUAUGUAAUUUUUAAAUGUUGAGCAAAUGUAAGAGACCAGGAGGAGGCGUUGCCGCUACACUGCCCCAAACAAAUUUUGUUGUAGGGUACCUGCUUCCAGUCUUCAAGCUAAGCUAAGCUAAUUGACAUCUGGUUUGCAGUGGCUUCUUGUUUAACUAAGUGUACAGAUGUGGGAGUGGUUUCAACUUCUCAUGAAGAAAGCGACCCAGCCAGUGUCCCCAAAACUUAGGAGCCUAAGAGACAGCUAUCAAAAUGUAAAUAAAGAAUCACUGCAUAACAGUAUAUCACCGACAUUACAUAGUGCAGCUACUACUGUGCAUUCACAUCCUCCUUAGAUGGUCCCAGUUGGGAAAAUUGUUCUUCCGACUUCCGCUGUUCAUGUAGCCUAUAGCGUUUAAUGUGAAAACAACAUGAGUGCUACAAAGAAGACAUGUUGUAUUUUCUUACUAAGUGCUUUAAAAAGUACACACAUAUUCAUAGCUAUAAUGAAUUAAUAUGGAUUUACCUGACUUGUUAUCCAAAGUUAUGGCAAAUUAAAGAAAACAUUUCCAAAAUUAAUUUUCAUCACAAAUGUGUAUGAAAAUGUGAAUUUGCACCACUAAUCAAAGAUUUCUCAGUAUAAGCCAAACACUUCAUGUUGCUAUGAGACAACACUUCAUUUGUCUCGUAGCAACAUUUUUGCAGACAUUCAGAGUUGUUGUAACUUCAGGGCAUGUUUUGCAGUUGGUAGCGAAUUUUUCCAAUUCCUUUCAACACCACAUGAAUAGACAAAUAGCUGCCACUGUCAGAGAAAUCCACUGUGGCUUACUCCCAUGGCUUCACAGAGCCUUUAUAAUUGGAUCUGAUCUAGAUUCUGCAAUGGAGAGGCCCUCUGUGCUGUCCAACAGGCUCACUUCAGGUAUCUUAUCAGGCCAUAGAAAUCUUCAGUUUUUAUACCAAUUUGCCUGAAAAGAUAUUUAUCCCAUUUAUGUUUGUUUUUUCAUGUCUUACCCCAAAUAUCCACUCAGUACAGAUCCUAUAAACAAUAAUUCAUAAUCAUAAAUACCAAGCAACCAUGUAGCCAUCAAACAAUAAUCCUCUGACUGACUUUAUGUGAUAAUACUACAAAGACAGUUUUUUUCAUAUUGGACUCAUUAAUCCCUUUCUAAUGACACUAAUAACACUUAAACCCAAUUUAAUCUCACUUUGCAUUAAAUAUAUUACCCUUUGUAUUUCACCAUACUCUAUGGCUAUAAUCUAAUGAUACUGAAAAUUUACUCUGAAAAAUAUUUACCUUUAUACAGAAGCGUGCACUAAUCUGAUUGAUUCCUGGCCAACAAACUUUAGUUCAAACAACACCUGUGGUUAGUAUUUUUACGGGGUCAUUCAAUUUAGAAACAAAAACCUUGUAAAAGGUUCUCAAAUACACCCUCAUAACUAGCUAAAAACAAGAAGGUUACCAUCCUCUCCAGCUACUGAGAAUGCUAACUUUUUCACAAAAGAAAAUAAUUUUUGUACUGAGGGCAAAGUUAAUUAGCUCCAACAAAAACCCUGUAAAGCGUUAAAAGUAAAAGGUAUUUUGAUACAACCCUCUUUAAAGCUUCAGGGGAAAAAACAACUUGGAAGCAGUAUAAAUCUUCUCUGACAUUCAGCUGUUGAUAUUGGACUUUUAAUGUUAGCCCACAUGAGAGAAGGCUCGGAUCAGGACUAACCAGUGUUUGGUGAUUUUAAUGUUUUUAGUGGCCGUGUUUUAGGACCACUCAGCAAAGACUUUAAAGGGGGUUAAAGUAGGUAUUUAUUUUGAAUCAUUAUCUAAAUUAUCUUAAGACAUUAAAAAUCACCUGUAAAACCUGAUUUUAAAAAAACUUUAAAAAGUUUGUUGAUUUUUGCCACAAAAGUGGGAUUUUUGUUCUCCAUUAGCCACCAUUGUUUCAGUUUUCCCCACAUAAUCUGGAUUAAUUUAGUGCCAUCUGUCUCGUAGUCUGCUUUAAUACUAGUAAACUAGUUAUCCAGCUGAGCAGAUAUAUAAAAAAGGUGGCGCACCUAUAACUUUUUUACAUAUUCGCCAUGCUUUAUUUGUUAUUAAAGUCCAACUUCAAAUCCAGAUUAUCAAGGGUAACCAAACGCAAAACAACAACAGCCAGCGAGAUUGCAGCUAUUUAAUGAGGUUACAAUACGAGCUAGUGCACAGACAAUAUAAAAGAUGGAUGUAGCCACCAUGACGUUACGAAGCCUUGGGCGGAACUUUUUCAGUGUUUUGAAACUCGAUGCGACAACU